AAUUAUCACAUAACCUGCAACAACUGUCAGAGAAAGCGCGAUCGACGACAGAAUUUAUCCAAAGACUGAAAGGAAUGAGUGAUAAAGUAACGGAAUCCUGCAUCGAAUUCGAACGAGUGGUAACGGCACAGUGUGAAGCGCUGAUAGAAUCGAUAACCGCGCGGAGGGAGGUCCUACUGGAAGCCAUCCGACAAGACAAAGAUACCAAAAUUAGAACACUUAAGGAUCAACAAGCGAGUUGUACAGGGAAACUGCAGCAAACCACAGGAUUAAUACAGUUCUGCAUCGAAGCGUUAAAAGAGACUGAUAGUGCGGCAUUUUUACAGGUACUUAAAUUUAAUUUCCGCUGA